AUGGCUGGAGGCCGUCGGGGCCCAAACCGGACAUCUUACUGUCGUACACCCCUCUGUGACCCAGGAUCUGGAAGUGGUGCUGUCCAUGGUGGAACACCUGCUGUUAGUGGAGUGAGAUCCAGAGCCAGAAGCAGCUCCAGCACCGGCUUGUCCAGCCCCCCUCUGGCUGCUCAGACAGUGGUACCUCUACGGCACUGCAAAAUCCCUGAGCUACCUGCAGAUCGCCACCUUCUGUUUGAGCUGCAGCUUUUUAUGUGUCACCUCAUUGCCUUAUUUGUACACUACAUUAAUAUCUACAAGACUGUUUGGUGGUAUCCUCCAUCUCACCCCCCUUCACAUACAUCUUUGAACUUCCACUUGAUAGAUUUUAAUGUGUUGACACUCACCACGAUUGUGCUCGCGCGAAGAUUGAUUGCAGCUAUUGUACGUGAGGCUUCACAAGGAGGGAAGUCCUCCCUGCCGCACUCAUUGCUUUUGGUAGCUACACGGUUUGCAGUUUUGACUGGAACGGGAUGGAGCCUGUGCCGCUCCAUAAUACUUUUGUUCAGGACUCAUUCAUUCCUCAACCUACUCUUCUUAUGUUACCCGUUUGGCAUGUACAUCCCUUUUCUGCAUCUGGGAUAUGACUUCCGGCGUUCAAGUCUUUUUGCAAAUGUUCCUGGAGCCCGUGUUGGAGAUCUAAGUUCUGUGGACAAGGCAGGUCGGGAUUACCUGACUGUGCUGCAGCACAUGUGGAGGCCCAGCACAGAUCCUCUUCCCACACAUGCAUGCUGUCUCUCUCCUGACCUUAUUCGCAGUGAGGUGCAUUAUCUGAAGCUGGACUUCAACUGGCGUGUGCGGGAGGUGCUUCUUAGUUCCAUGUUGUCCGCCUACUAUGUGGCCUUUGUACCUGUGUGGUUUGUCAAGAAUACUCAGUAUUAUGACAAACGAUGGUCUUGUGAACUCUUCCUCCAAGUCUCCCUCAGCACCUCUGUAAUCCUUACUCAGCACCUUUUGCCUGCUAGGUACUGUGAUUUACUUCACAAGGCAGCAGCUCACCUUGGCUGUUGGCAAAAGGUAGAUCCAGCACUCUGUUCCAAUAUGCUACAGCAUUCGUGGAUGGAGGAAUGUAUGUGGCCCCAGGGAGUGCUGGUAAAACACAAUAAGAAUGUCUACAAAGCAGUUGGUCACUAUAAUGUGGCGGUUCCCUCUGAUGUAUCUCAUUUUCGUUUUCAUUUUUUCUUCAGUAAUCCACUGCGGGUCCUCAACAUAUUGACAGCCCUCGAAGGAUUACUUAUUUUUUACCAACUGUAUUCUCUCUUCUCUUCAGAGAAGUGGCACCAUACCAUCUCUCUAGCUCUCAUUCUGUUCAGUAAUUACUACGCCUUUUUCAAGCUGCUUCGUGACAGAAUUGUAUUAGGGAAAGCAUAUUCUUAUACAGGGGUCGCCAAUACUGAACAGAAGCUGAACUGA